CAUUUGGGCUGCCCGGAGCCACACUGAUAAAAUGACGUGAGUGGUUGACGAUGCUAAAUGGCAGCACUUGAAAUAGCCUACCUGCCAGCCUGCGCACCCACUUGCUGAUGCGAUCACGACCCCAUUAAGAGCGUUUCAGCUACCGCGGCGCGCUGGCCAGCUCCUCCGUCCGGUUUCUCCCCUUCAGGACGUUCAAAUCUGAGGAGGAAAGUGGAACUCGACCCAGAAAAAAACUCAUUUGUUGACUGCAGUUUGUUUUUUCUUGUGUCUCCACUUUAAGGAGCUUUAACUUUAAAGUCACAGAGGGGAAGAGAUGGAUAUUGAUCGACCGACAAAUGUCUCCUUUUUUGAUUUUGUUGGAGGAGUUCAACUUCUCCAGGGGGAGGACACCAGGACUGCCAUGCCUGUCAUCCUGAUCGGGAUCUGCGUGUCCGGAGCGGUUGGGAAUUUGCUCGUUUUGCUCAUUUUCAUCCGUGACUUUAGGAACGGGAAGGGCUCCGAGGUGAAAGCUCUCCUCGCCUCUCUGGCGUCCACGGACUUGGUGAUCCUGCUGCUGUGCGCCCCGGUGCGCGCCGUCACCUACUACAGGCAGACCUGGACCUUGGGGAGUUUUGUCUGCAGCACCACGGACUGGUUCCAGCACUCGUGUGUGGUUGCAAAAACUUUAAUCCUCGCGGCGACCACAAGAGCCAAACACACAUUUGUUCCCAGCACCGCCACGGGGCCCCUCUACAGCCCGACGUGGAUUCACGGAGCCCUGGCGUUCAUUUGGAUUGUGUCCAUGAUGUUUCCGAUUCCCCAGAUGCUUUUCGCCUCUUUGGUGCCGCAUGGCAGCGACACUAUUUGCGUCUCUCAAAUGCCAGUGUGCGCGUCUGACUUCAUGAGUUUGUUCUACAAGAUUUAUCCAACCGCAACCUUCGUGGUGCCGAUCUCCUUCACACUUGCCUACUACACAAAAACGCUGCACUCCGCGGUGAAUCACGCACCGAGCCCGCACCACCAGAGCAAGGUUACCCUGGUUCUGCUGUGUCUAAGCGGCGCCCUCGGGCUCAUGCUGCUGCCAGAGUGGGGGACAUUCACCUGGAUCAGGCUCGGCUACAACAAACCUCCUGUGGGGUUGAUCAUCUUCGCGCAAGUCCUCCUUUACGCAUGCAGCUCCCUCUCUCCGGUGAUCCUGAUGACCAUGUACGACGACGUGCGCCAGGGACUGAUCGCCAUCUGGCUCAUCGCGAGCUGCAGGGGCUCAAAGCAGCUCCCCAGCGACAAGUGUCCCAAAACGGAGGACAACGGAGCAGAACUCGGAGCCAAUGCCGUCGCCAACGCGGUCUCACCGGAGAAGGAGAAGACCUUCCCAGAUGUGGAGCACUUUUGGACAGGGCGCAGGAAUACGCACGUCGAGGAGGAGCAGGAUCCGGUUCCGUGGGAGAGAGAGGAGAAAAUGUUGUAGAAUCAGACGUGAAAGUGUCUUUUUUUUUUUCCCUUUUUAAAAUCAAAAGAGUUCAUCUUGUUCUCAGCUGGUUUCUAGUCCGUUUGACCCGCAGUGCUGACCCCUCGUUGAACGGCUGUAGUGGCCUGUUUGCUUGUCGUGAGUUUUGAUUAGAUGUAUAAAAUAAUAAACUUGUACACUCUCAUGUUUUGAUGUUACACAUGUUUCUACUAUCUAUUUUGAAUAUUUGUUCUUGCCUGCAGUACUUGCUGCGUUGUCAAGUAGAAUAACACCUUUAUUAGAGGAGGUUUGUACAAAUGUGAAGCCAGCACACUCAAACAUCCAGGGGGGGUUUGUUGUGAUUGUGUACGUGUAAUGCAUAACGUGGAUAUUAAAACAUUCUCAAAUAUG